GCUAUCCAAUGGAGUUUUAGCAAUAUCCUUCAUUUAAAAAUUCAAAGUUCUUGAAGCUCAAGAGGUUAGUUAUGAGACAGUGACUUUGCUCUCUCACACUAUUAAAAGCGAAUCUACUUUUCCUCUUUUUUCUUUUCUUUACUAAGCUCCUGUGAGCUGUAACUUAGCUAAAUCCAUUGCUUGUUACCACUUUAUGCUCUGAAACUUCGCAGCUUUCUUUGUCUGUGAUAAGUCUAUUCUUCUCUUUAAUUAUUUUCUUCUCUUGACUUUGAGUAGGAACAAGCAUUUAUCCUAGGCUUCUCUUUCCUUAAAGAACCUGUGACUUCCUUCUGCAAAAAAUAGAUUUGAUGCUCUCUUGAUUUUUCUUUUCUCUUUCCCCACUUUAUAAAAUCUACAAAACUGGUUUUAAGUUCCCUUGUCAAGAAGUCUUACAAAGUAGCAAACCUGAGUUUAAAGUUUAUUCUGAGGGUUGAAAUGGGUGGAGAGAGUAAUGAAGGUGAGAUGGGGUUAAACCAUGGAGAUGAUCACUCAAGAGCUGGAACUACAUCAAUGCCCUUGUAUGCAAAGGCAGAUCCAUUCUUCUCUUCUUCAGAUUGGGAUCCAGUUGUUAAUGGUGGUAGCUUCUCAAGCUCCCAUUACCCUUCAGUGGUGAUGGAGAAUCCAGGAAUGAGUUGCUUCACUCAUUACCAAACCGGUUCUGGUUAUCCGGACAUGCCUGCAAGUCUUCUUCCGUUUGGUGACUGUGGAGGUGCUGGUCAGUUUCUUGGUUCAGACAAGAAUGGGGAAAGUGUUGGAAGGUUGAUGAGAGCUGGAGAGUCUCAUGAUCAGGUUUCAGAUGAUGGUGUUCUUGGUGCUUCACCAACCAGAAAAAGAAGGCAAGCUGAAGCUGAAUCACAACGGAACAAGAAAGCUGUGGAGGAAUAUCAAGAAGACCCUCAAAGGGGAAGUGAUCAGAGUCAGAAGAAACACAAAGAUGGUCAGAGUAAAGAGAGCUCACAGAGUGAAGAAGCACCUAAAGAGAACUACAUUCAUAUGAGGGCAAGAAGAGGUCAAGCCACUAAUAGCCACAGUCUUGCAGAAAGGGUUAGAAGAGAAAAGAUCAGUGAAAGGAUGAGACUGCUUCAAGAGCUUGUCCCAGGAUGCAACAAGAUCACUGGGAAAGCGGUUAUGCUUGAUGAAAUCAUCAACUAUGUUCAGUCAUUGCAACAACAAGUUGAGUUUUUAUCUAUGAAACUGGCAACGGUGAAUCCAGAACUCAACAUUGAUAUAGACAGGAUUAUCGCCAAAGAUCUUCUGCAACCAAGAGACAGAAACACUCCUACACUUGGACUGAAUCCUUUCACCAGUUUUCAAGGGAACAUUUCUACCACCACAAAUCCACACUACAACCCAUUACCACAGACAGCACUAGAGAGUGAACUACAAAACCUCUACCAAAUGGGUUAUGUCUCAAAUCCAUCGACUAUGUCUAGCUUCUCACCUAAUAAUGGUAACUAA